CCACCGACACCGACCGAUGGAUAAACGUGUUAACCAACGGCAAAUGAUGUGAAAUAGGAAGUGAUGAGAUCAACAGCAUGUGGCAAGAGACGAAGACGCGGGUUGAACAGGCUAGAACACUGUCCAUAUUAACUUUAGUCGGGAAAAGUCUGGGGACGGGGCCGGCUGAGAGAGUGAAUGAGCAAGAGGGGGGAUUGAGGGAGGGGGGAUUUAAUCGGAUUAUGGCUCUAGAUUUUAGAAAACGCCUACUUCUGCACUGGAGUCUAGCCUGCAUCGUUCUUACUAACCCACUUGCCCGAUAGCUUGUCCAUGGAACGUCCCAGUCAGCGCGCAGAGAAGGUUCGCCAACUUUGUCCUUGAAGAUGACAGUCCAGAAGAGCAGCACUGUUCGGAAGAAAUUUUUCUAACCAUUGCGCCUAAUGUGGAGACUUGUGUCAAUUUUCUCUUGGAGUUUCACAUUACUCUGGGAUUGUUGAGCUACGUUGUUUCCCAGGAUGGAGCAGUACGUGCUAUUGACGUUUUGGAAUAUCUGGCUUUUUACAUGUACAGUGUAUUUUUAAUAGUUUUUAUGGCGUGAACAGUGACUGUCCCCCCAAAUGCCCACGAUUCUGGAAAUACGACAAUAAUAGAAUUAGGCUAUAACCUUGCUGGAGUAGUAUAAGUUUCACAAAGUGUUUUUUCUCUCUUUAUUGGCAUAAUAGAGUUGUCUUAGGACCUUCAUGUUGGAAGACCAGUCAAAAUCGUAUUUGGAACCAACACACGUUUUUAUUCCCUCAGGCUUUUCCCAAAGGGUUAAAUGGUGCUGAUAACAGAGGACAGGGAUGGAGGGGGAUCUCCACUUAGAAGCAAACAAGUUCAGCUGGGUAGAACUGUCGGUGUAGCUCAAGUACAUCCCGUAGCAGACACGCAAGUCGUUUUGUCAGAAAAUGACCAUCUCGGUUCCUAUGAAUCCGAAGGUUAUGACGAUGGGGAUUUUGAAGAGUAUGAUGAGUUCUCGGAACUACCAGACACCAGAAGCAUCGCCUCGGAUGACUCUUUUUACCCACUGGUCGCAUAUGAUGACACUGAAGGAUCCCCUGAGAGUCCGGAACCUCUAUCGUUGUUUCAGGCAUGUUGUACCAACAACCCUGCGAUGGUCAAACUUAUGAUAAGACAAGGGGUGCUAGAGGAGGAUGUCAAAGAGACUGACCAGAACAAUCGGACGGGCUUGAUGGUGGCGUGCUACCAAGGCUACGUGGACGUGGUCAUCGCCCUCUCGCAGUGUCCGCACCUGGAUGUGAACUGGCAGGACAAGGAGGGCAACACAGCGCUCAUUACGGCAUCCCAAGCAGGUCACAUCACCAUCACUAACUACCUGCUGAACUACUUCCCGGGGCUGGACCUGGAGCGGAAGAACGUCCACGGCUUCACGGCACUGAUGAAGGCCGCCAUGCAGGGACGAGUGGAGUGUGUGCGCGCCCUCAUGCUGGCAGGAGCCAACAUGAAGGCCCGUGACCAUGGACGCAAGCUGACGCCGCAGGAGUGGGCGCUGUUCACUGGCCGCUAUGACACGGCCUACACCAUGCUGCGCCUCCUGAGCCGGCCGUGCCCUGAGCAGGUGCGCAGCUCCUACCUGCCCGAGUGGCCACUGCUCUCCGCGCUGGUGGCCAAGGCCCAGGAGCCCAAGGGCUGCCUGCGGCGGCUGUCCGACUCCAUCCGCGGCACCUUCGUGCUGGCCAACGUCACCGACCCGGUGGAGGACGGCGCGCUGGACCACAUGGUUCGCAUCACCACGUCGCUCAGCAGCCCCUUCAUCAGCACGGCGUGCCAGACGGUGUGCCCGGGCAGCCCGCCCUGCGUGGGCAAGCGCCGCCUCUCCGUGCCUGAGAUCCUCAAGAAGCAGCGGGCCGAGCAGCUCAAGGGCCUGGGUCCCGAGCGGCUGGACAACUACAAAAAGCUCUUCCAGAACUCGCGCGUGGUGCUGGUGACCAGGCCCCGCGACCGCCGCACCAGCCUGCAGUCACAGCUGCUCCUGAGGGAGAGCCCAGCGGCGGCGUCCGGCGGCGGCGCCGUGUCCCCGACCGAGGCCCUGCGGCGGGGGAGCCUGCUGCCGCUGCACAUGGUGCGGAGGAGCAGCGUGCGGCCGGGCAUGGGCGUGCCCAAGCUGCGCGUGUCCAAGGCGCCGGCGUCCGACUACGUGCCCGAGAAGAACCGCAGGAAGAGCAGCAGCAAGGACAACGGUCAGAACGGCCAGUUCCUGCAGAUCCCCAAGUGGAGGUACAAGGAGAUGAAGGAGGAGCGGAAGAAGGCCGAGGAGGCCGAGAAGAAGAGGCAGGAGGCAGCCUCGCGCAGACAGUCGCCCGCCAGGAAGAAGAAGUGAAACUUAGUGUUAAGGCCUAUUCACACCAAGAACGAUAACGAUAACGAUAACCAUAACGAUA